AACCUGCAAACCUUUGACGGCAACCUGGGCAACAGCCCCGCGCCUCCCAUUACCAAUUCCGGGGAUGAAAAGCGGCCGUUCAAAGUCGACGGCGAUACUUUUACCCAGUUUGAUUCCGCCGCUCAACGCAGCUGUGAUAACCAGUUUCAGGGCUGUAGCACCACGGCGAACAAGGCUGGCGGCGGGGGUGAUGGGAAAAACGGAAAGUUGACGGUCAAUCAGUGUGAU